UUCCCGAUUCUAGUGGAAGACGUGCGCCAAAGGGCUUCAGGCACAGGCAACCGCGGAAGCACAGACUGCCAUGAGGAUCCCUCCUCACAGCUGGCUGUCACUCUGCGCCGGGCUUGCACAGUAUCUCGCUCGAAUCUGGUAGUGAAAUAAAUGGACUUGGCUGCUCGUUUUUAUUUCGGCGUUUUUCCUGAGAAACUGUGGUUUCGCAGUGUAUGGACACUAUACACCUGGUAUCUUUGGAUCUUUUUCCUUACACUUCACUUCGCGUUGACCAAGUAUACUUUUACGCAUCGACGAUGACAACGAUAAAGGUGAUAAAGAAUUAAAGAUUGCGUCCUCCACCCCCCAUCUUUUACCCCGUGGGGGGAAUAAGGAGCUACAAAGGGGAGUAGGAGACAGCUUCACAUUCAACGGCGACCUGUGCCACCGUACCACUCCAUUUUGGAGUGACCGGCGGUUGGGGUGGAAUGCGUCUCCCCGUGGUUUUUGGGCUCCUUGUCGGCUGCGCCCUGAUUUUCGCACCUGUUAACGAGGGCUGUGGGCCGGGGAGGGGAUAUGGGAAAAGGCGGCCGCCAAAGACGCUGACACCUCUCAAUUACAAGCAGUUUAGUCCAAAUGUAGCCGAGAAAACACUGGGAGCCAGCGGGAGAAUUGAAGGCAAGAUUACCAGGAACUCUGAGCGAUUUAAAGAACUAACACCCAAUUAUAACCCCGACAUUAUCUUCAAAGAUGAGGAGAAUACAGGUGCGGAUCGGCUUAUGACACAGCGCUGCAAGGACAAGCUGAACUCCCUGGCCAUCUCUGUCAUGAACAUGUGGCCAGGUGUGAAGCUGAGGGUCACCGAGGGCUGGGACGAGGAUGGCAAUCACUUCGAGGAGUCUCUGCACUACGAAGGCAGAGCGGUGGACAUCACCACGUCCGACCGGGACCGAAACAAGUAUGGCAUGCUGGCACGGCUGGCUGUGGAGGCCGGCUUUGACUGGGUCUACUAUGAGUCCAAAGCGCACGUCCACUGCAGCGUGAAGUCAGAACACUCUGUGGCUGCUAAGACUGGUGGCUGUUUCCCUGGAGGAGCUCUGGUCACGAUGGAGGAUGGCAGCAGGAAGACCAUGGCGGAGCUCGCGCUCGGCGAGCAGGUGCUGGCAUCGUCCCAGAGCGACGGCGGCGGGCGGCUCCUCUACAGCGAGGUCAUCGCCUUCCUUGACCGCAGCCCUGCCACCCACCAACGGUUCUACACCAUAGCGACAGACUUGGGGGUGGAGCUCAGCCUCACCGCUGCCCACCUCGUGUUCGUGACCGACGGGAACUGCUCGGGGCCGGCAGCCGGCGGCGAGCUCAGGACCGUGUUCGCCAGCGAAGUGCUGCCGGGUCAGUGCGUGGUGUCGGCCCAGGGAGCGGGGCGCCAAGGGCGUCUGUCCCGCGUGAGCGGGGUUCAGGUACAGGACGACGCAGGAGUGUUCGCUCCACUCACCCGCCACGGCACGGUGGUGGUUAAUGACGUUGUCACUUCCUGCUACGCGGCCACAGAUCACCUCUGGGUGGCUCACUGGGCUUUUGGGCCGCUCAGGGUCCUCCAUAGUUGGGGAUGGCCCAUGGGCCACCAGGCCGAAGGAGUGCACUGGUACUCCUCACUGUUGCACUGGGUCGGAACCUGCAUCCUUGACCCAAAACACUUCCACCCCUGGGGCAUAAUGGGAGAUGACAGAUGAGCAAGCAUAAACUGUGUGUGGGGU